GUAUUCACAGACAUCAUCGACUCCACGAACCUCUGGGAACACAAUCAGAAAGCCAUGCAAGUGGCCCUCAAGUUGCACGAUUCGAUCAUCCGCACCGAGCUGCUUCGCUUCGGCGGGUACGAAGUGAAGACGCUCGGCGACGGAUUCCACGCCUCCUUCUCCCAACCCGAAGCCGCGCUGAACUUCUGCAUGGCCACCCAGGAAAAACUCAGGGCUGCAGUAUGGCCCCGGGAAAUCGUCGAGUAUGCCUUCCGCGAAGGUUACGGGGACGGGCAUUCGCGAUCGCUCGAACCGCGAGGGCUGAGAGUGAGAAUGGGAAUCCAUUUCGGGAGGCCGUUUUCGUGCAGAGUUGAUCAGCUAACCGGACGAGUGGACUACCACGGCCCCAUGAUC